CUCUCCAAUUCCUAUAAAACCCUCAUCCCUUUCCUUCCAUUUUUUCUCAUCAGGUUUUCUUGUUUCUGCGAGGCUUAAGAAACCUCGCAGAACCAAAGAAAACUCACUCUCACACACUUUGGUUCACAAAAACCUUUCACUUCUAUUUUCAAUCUUUCUAGUUCCUUCUCCCAUAUUAUAGUACCCUUUUAUCCCAAGUUACUUAAAUUUAAAACCUUUAUUACUGCUCAUACUUGUUUUUCGCUUUGUUAAGUUUUAAGAAAAAUGGAGGCACAUUCUCCAGUUAUAGCCAAGAAGCUAUGGAAUGUGUUGAGGAUCACCUUCUUCAUGAUCAGGAAGGGCUUGGUGUCAAAGAGGAAGCUGAUUAUGGACAUGAAUUUGAUGAUGAAGAAAGGGAAAUUGCUCAGAAAAUCUAUGAGCAAUUUCAUGUCAUCUCAUCACCAUCAUCAUUAUUCAAAGAGUUUGGCACGUGGUUAUGGCAUGCAGGAAUAUGAAUUCUCAUGCAGCAACAGUCCAAAUCCUGUUUUUUUCCAUGUGCCAAAGAGGAAGCAUCAUUUCAACUUCCCUUGCAUGAACACCCCAGAGGUUGUUGAAGAGCCUAAUAAUAGGCCUGUGGUUUUGGUGCCUAAUAAUAUGACACCUGAAUACACUUUCAACCUUAGGUUUGAUAAUAUUAAUGCAUCUGAUUUUGCCCCUGGGGAGAGGAAGAGCCCCCUCCUCUCAUCAUCAUCACCCUUCUCCGUGAGGAUCUCCAACUACUCAUCUGAGGAUGAAGAAAAUGAAGAACAAGAGGGUGGAAAUGGAAAUGGCCAUGUUGAUGAUCAGGCUGAGGAUUUCAUCAGAAGGUUCUAUGAACAGCUGAGAAUGCAAAGCCGCAUGCAGUUGCUGGAGUAUCAAGAGAUGUGAUUGUAAAGAAAAAAAUGACUUUUGUGCUUGUGCUCCUCAACUUGAUGAUGAUCAACAAGUUUAGCUAGCCAUUCCUGGGAUUAAUAUUUAAUUUGCUUUUGUUGAUCUUUCAAGUUUCAACUUCAUUGUUUUUUCCCAGGGAAAUUUGGCUGUCCUGUUUGUGGUCCUUGAAAUAUAUUUGAUACAUGCUGUAAGGAUUUUGAGCAAUGGAUAUACUUCCAUUGUGAUUCUAUUGGUUUUCAUAAUAUAAAAUUCAAUCUUUAUGUUUUCCUAGUAA